GUCCACUAGGCGGCAGUACUGAUCUGUGAGCCUCCGUUUGUCCGCCGCCAAAACGCUCAUUUCACAGGAGCAAUAUUUUUCUUUUCGGAAGAAGAUCCUCACAAAGCGGCCCUAUUUCUUUUCAAGCAGGAAAAAAAGAGUCAAAAGAAUCUGAAAACCGACGAUGUACGCCAGGACAAACACCGGCAGCACACACGGAGACUUUCAGGACAGAAACGGAGUGAACUAUGUGACAUCCACAGAGUCUUUCGGCCACUGCUCUCAAUUGUUCUGGAAAAAAGAUCCCAACGACUCCGGACCCAGUUCAACGAUCAGCUGGUGCGAUCAGCUCCCCACGUCCUCCGCCGCUCUCUCCAGCUCCAGCCUCUCUUCCACGUCUCUCUCCAGCUCAAGUCUCUCCAUGGAGUCCCGAGCGCCCCCGCCACCGCCGGCCACGACGGUGUCAGACGACAUGGAGUCAGACGAGAGGCCGUACGUGUGCGAUCAGUGCACCUGCGCCUACAAGCAUGCCAGCUCUCUGCUCAACCACAAGCUCACACACAAGACGGGAGACUUCAGGUGUGACUUUUGUAGCAAGCCGUACACCAACUACAUGUCCCUGCGUAACCACAUGAGAAUCCACGGUCAGAAGCGUUACAUGUGCGACUUGUGUGGGAAGGCCUUCCGCCUCGCGCGGUAUCUGCGUAACCACCAGAGGAUCCAUGACGACGGACCGAACCGCUUCGACUGUCCGUCCUGCUGCAAGAGCUACAGGACCAUGCUGGAGUUGGCCCAGCAUCGCUGCACCGCCGCUUCAACCAGCCAGUCCGGAAGUCGCCGAUCCAAUUACGCCAACAACUCUCGCCGUCAACAGCAGCAGCAACAGCAGCAGCAGAACAAUGCUAACUCCAUGAUGCAGCACGGAGGACACGGCCAGGACUCUCUGCCCUCUCACUGCGUCUCCCCGAUGUCGCAGGGUGGACCUGGCGGUGUGAGCAGCCAGCCGGUGUCCGACCCCCACCAGGGCCGUCCAAGUUCGGUGUCGUCCCAGAGCAGCCAGCAGAGAUCCAACAAACACGUCUCCUCCAGCGCCGCCCCGUCCUCCUCCUACUCUCUGCUCCAGCCCCUGGUGCCUGAGGUAAAGGAGAUGAGCUCGGGAUACACUAGACUGAGCGCCAACCCCAUGCCCAAACACCAGGACGCUUUCUCCCUGGCCCCCCAGCGGCCCCUCACCACCAUCAACCCCAUCGGCCACUCCCUCCAUCCGAACGGAGCGCCCACGCUGAAGCCUUCCCCCGUGCCACGCACCAUCCAGGCCAUGCCCUGGGAGCAGCGCUCGCUCUACAAUCAAUGAAAGUUCCGGGACCCCGUUACCCCGACCCCACCCUUCACCACCAACCCCACACACCCUGCCCUCCCCUUUUACCCCCACAGCAUCAAGGAGGAGGGAGGACUCGGAACGCACCACUCCUUUGGAUGGUUGUGGUAGGGAUUGGGGGAGAGCAGGACUAGUUGAGAUUGAUUACUGAGUAGUUAGGUUUAAAAAUGUGUUGCCUUGACCCUCAUGUAUGAUCUAUGCCAUGUACUGAUAUAAGUUAAAAUGUCUGUCCCCCCACCGAGAAUUUAUCCCCCACCCCUACUCUAGUUAUGAAAAUAUCUAUCCUUCCUCCCCCGUUAUGAAUAGUGUCUCCCCUUCCUCCCCUCCACUCCCCUUUUUCCUUAUGUUAAUGAAAGGAAAGCUUAUUUUUAUUAAAUUACCCUGAUAUUUGAUGGGUUUCAGGGCACCGAGCUGUCAAAGUAAAUGUGACAAACCCUCCUUCAGUCUCAUAUGUUUUUGAACAUAAACCCAGUUUGUGGCUUCUGGAAAAGGAGAAGGAGAUCUUCUUCUUCUUCUGUUUUUUUUUGUUUUGUUUUUUUUAACGUCCCUUUUCCACGUGCUCCAGAAUGAAGCUUGUGUAUAUUGUGUGUUUGGAGGUGUCUUUGACUCUUUCAGAAAAGCCGUUUUUCUCUGACGUUACAGCUCACACACCUCUUUAAAAAUCUCUGAGCACGGACAGCACGGACCACAACAGAAACAACCCCUGCUGGACUGUGGCUCUGCAGAACUUUUUUUUUUGGCCUCUGUGUUGUGAAGACUGAAGCUAUGCAGUUUAAAAAAAAAAAAAAAAAAAAGGACCUCAAUGAAAGUUUGGCACCGCUACCUUCUUUUAACACACAACUGAAAGCUCACAUUUUUCUAAACCUGCAUCUGACUGGUGGCUUGUUGUUAUUGUAGUUUUAAUAAUCUGUUGGCUGGGACUCCAAACCAGAAGAAAUCCGUUUAAAGCUCCAUCCCUUUCUGACUGUUUGUUCCUCUCACUAAGAAGCACUUUUUAAGAUAAGUGCUGUAUAAUUAUUACUGUUUAUCCCGCCCCCCUUCCUCUCUGUGUGGAGCUGUAGAGAUGUAACAUUGCCUUACAUCGACUCUUCAUCACUCACACUUCAUCAGUGACGUAGCAGCAGCUGUAUUGGGACACAGCUGCAUCUGGAGGCCAAAAUAAAGUCUGUCUGCAGAGUCCGGCGCUGCAGACCGGCUUCAUCUUGUCCAGUUUGCAGCUAGUAAAGAGACAUAAAUUUGGAAACGGCCAAUUUAUUGAAUAACAGUCUAAUUAUUGACCCAGUUUGUAGUUCUGUUACGUUCUCUCGCUAACACGGUGUUCAUUGAAAUACCCACAAAUCUACUGACAUUGUAUUAUCUCUCUUUUUAAAGUUGUUUCUAUUUUUAUUCA